UCCGGCCAGAAGAAAAGAUCGCGCAACUGAGUAUCCAAAGUAUGGGAAUACGUCACGCACGUAAUGAUGCGGUAGUUUGUGACCUAUGUAAAAUUGAGACGGCACAUCACAAAAGCACGACGGCGAUGCAUCAGCGCCGAUUGAGGAAAUAACCGGGAGCUGCUUGUGAGGAGAAGACGCCGUGAGCUGGAGCCUACCCCAGUUGACUUGGAAAAGGCAGCAGCAGGCAGCACCUGAAGUCAAUCAUGAGGCACACAGUUCGAGGGCCCCGUCGCGUGGUCAAUCAAGUCCCUGAUGAAAUCAUCAACAAUCCCGAUUUACAGGAGGCCAUGAAAGCAUUACCUUCAAACUACAACUUUGAGAUCCCAAAGACUGUAUGGAGAGUGAGACAAGCAAAGGCUACAAGAGUGGCUCUACAGCUUCCGGAGGGCCUGCAGAUGUUUGCCUGUGCCAUCGCAGACAUCAUCGAGAGGUUCACAGAAGCGGACACCAUCGUGAUGGGGGACGUGACAUAUGGAGCCUGUUGCGUGGACGACUUCACCGCCCGAGCCUUGGGAGCCGACUUCAUGGUGCACUAUGGCCACAGCUGUCUGGUCCCCGUAGACUCCACUGCCGGUAUUAAGAUGCUGUACGUGUUUGUGGACAUCCAGAUGGAUAACGGACACUUCCUGGACACGGUCAAGUUCAACUUUACCCCUGGACAGUCUCUGGCGCUCGUCAGCACCAUCCAGUUUGUGGCUGCACUACAGGCUGUGAGCGCAGCCCUCAAGUCAGACUAUGAGGUGCUGGUUCCGCAGUGUCGACCUCUGUCACCAGGAGAAAUUUUGGGCUGCACGUCUCCUCGUUUGGACCGCAAUGUCAAUGCCAUCAUUUAUCUGGGAGAUGGACGAUUUCACCUCGAGUCAAUCAUGAUUGCAAAUCCGGAUAUUCCUGCCUACAGAUACGAUCCCUAUAGUAAGGUCUUCUCCAGGGAGUACUAUGACCAUGAGGCCAUGCGUGCCUUAAGGCUAAAGGCCAUCGACAAGGCUCGCUCAGCCCAAAGAUGGGGCCUCAUUUUGGGAACGCUGGGUCGUCAGGGAAACCCAAAAGUUAUGGAACACCUGGAAUCGAGGCUCGAAUCGCUGGGCAAGAGCUUCACUCGAGUUCUUUUGUCGGAGAUUUUCCCCAGCAAGUUGGAUCUGCUGCCUGAUGUCGACGCGUGGGUCCAGAUUGCCUGUCCUCGGCUGUCCAUCGAUUGGGGCUCAGCCUUCUCCAAACCCCUGCUGUCUCCCUAUGAGGCAGCAGUGGCUCUCCAGGAGAGCGAAUGGAAGGAGGUCUACCCCAUGGACUUUUACUCCAGUCAGAGCCUGGGGCCUUGGACCCCCAACCACCCGAACAACCAACCUGUGCGGGCUUCUCGCACACAAGCUCAGAAACCAAGCUCCCAGCCCAAGCAGAAGUGUACCCCAACGCAGUGCGCUCCCUGUGGCUGCCAAGGGGAAUGACAACAAUAAUGCUUUAUAUUUCCUCUCUAGGCUGAUUGGAGGACAGUGGGUAGUUUUAGUGCCGACAGGAAAAAAAAAAACCACACACACACUUGUCAUAAGGUAUCCCUUAUUGCUUGCAGAAAAUACAUCAAACAUUGCUCUGCCUCACUUUUUUGUUCCUGCAUAUAUUCCAGAGCACACAGAGCUCCCGAUGUAGUGCUCAUGCAUGUUUAUGAAUACAUGAAUCACAUCUCUCCUUCUACCUCUGCUGCUCCUCCUGUAAUGGAGACACAUCUUUUGGGAUUGUGAGACUCAGAGACAAUGACCGAGAGUCAGAUUAUGUGGGCGACUUAGAAUGUAACCUCUUUGACCUUGAAUAAAAGGCUGUAUGUUGCA